UCUCUGCCGGCUCACCAACCAAGCGUCAUCUUUCUUAUCCCCGUACCGCCGUCCUCGGCUCCGGCACCUGUUGCCGCAUCUGCUACCGCCGCCCGCCCUAGCAAGUUCAAGUCCUCACCCCGCGCUGGAUUCGCCGCACGGUUGCCAAACGAAGCUUCAUGGGAUAUUACUGAAUGGUUCGUUCAACGACGAUAUCUGGCAUGUCUUUCCAAGCUAUUAACAAGUAAUGCAGACCACGAGGGGUGGCAAAAUAGGCAAUGUAGUACAGAUGGGUUUUCAGAGAGCAGAUCCAAGUCAGGCUACUUCAAAGCAUUCGGGGUUGAUUUGUCCCCUGAUAAUGUGGCUGUUGCUAUCGUCUAUUUUGUGCAAGGAGUUUUAGGUCUUUCCAGGCUUGCUGUCAGCUUCUACUUAAAAGAUGAUCUUCAUCUCGAUCCAGCAGAGACUGCAGUUAUAUCUGGUUUCUCAGCCUUGCCAUGGUUGAUCAAACCCCUCUAUGGCUUUAUCAGUGAUUCCAUCCCUCUCUUUGGAUAUCAAAGAAGGUCAUAUCUAUUUCUAUCUGGCCUCCUAGGAGCACUUUCAUGGAGUUUGAUGGCGACUAUUGUGGAUGAUAAAUACAGUGCAGCACACUCUAUUGUUCUUGGAUCUCUUGCAGUUGCCGUCUCUGAUGUCGUGGUUGAUUCUAUGGUGGUUGAGAGAGCUCGAGGUGAAUCGCAGAGUACAUCUGGUUCUCUCCAGUCACUAUGUUGGGGAUCCUCAGCCUUUGGAGGAGUUGUGAGUGCAUACUUCAGUGGUUCUUUUGUGGAUACUUAUGGCGUAAGAUUUGUCUUUGGUGUUACAGCACUUUUGCCGCUCUUGACGUCUACUGUUGCAGUUCUUGUAAAUGAAGAACGCUUGCCUUUGGGGGAACGUUCAGUCUCACUUUCAGUUUCAAGUUCAGAGUUAAUUGAGGGAUCUAAGCAGCGUAUCAUGCAGAUUUGGAAUUCAGUAAAGCAACCUAGCAUAUUCCUACCAACCUUGUUCAUAUUCCUUUGGCAAGCAACACCACAAUCAGACUCUGCUAUGUUUUUCUUUACCACAAAUAAGCUUGGGUUUUCUCCGGAAUUUCUAGGACGUGUCACGCUUGUUACAUCUAUUGCAUCCUUAUUGGGUAUUGGGCUGUACAAUUCGUUUUUGAAGGAAGUUCCAUUGAGGAAAAUAUUCCUUGUGACAACAGUUGUAGGUUCUGCUCUGGGAAUGACACAGGUUCUUCUUGUCACUGGCCUGAGCCGAAAACUUGGCAUAAGCGAUGAAUGGUUCUCCAUUGGGGAUUCCUUGAUUAUCACUGUUCUUGGUCAGGCUUCCUUCAUGCCUGUCUUGGUGUUAGCUGCGAAAUUGUGCCCUCCAGGAGUGGAAGCAACUUUGUUUGCUACUUUGAUGUCCAUUUCAAAUGCGGGCAGUGUUGCUGGCGGUCUAGUGGGCGCGGGUCUAACACAGUUCCUGGGAGUCACCAGAGACAAUUUUGAAAAUCUGGCUCUGCUGAUUGCCGUCUGCAAUCUCACUUCCCUGCUACCUCUUCCUCUUCUGGGUCUCCUGCCAGAUGAAUCCCCUACAGAUAGUUCACAGACAAAAAAUGAUUGACGUUCUCUCUUGAUGGAUUGUUACGAGACGUGUAAACUGGUGUGAGACUGCUUUUGUCUUGAGCACUGCAGUGGUCAUCACUGUAUAGAAAGAAUGGUGCGCUGACAAUGUACAAGGAGGAAGCAAUUUUUUGGAGCCAAGAUUGUUCACCGCUUCCCUCGUCAAAAUGUACGAAGGGGAAGGCAAUCCGGUUGUGAUCGUGGGCUCAUGUGCCUGCAUCAGGUUUCGUUUUCGUGUGAAAAAUAACGUGGAGGCGAG